UAGGAUCUCAGGCACACUACAAGCACUCUCUUACGUAGACAUCCACCAAGGAGAGAGCCGAUACAACAACACGGUUGAUCUGCUCAAACACAAAAAUCUACCUGCUUUCUGAAUCAUGUCGUUGAGCCCAAAGCAUACAACGCCUUUUUCAGUGACAGAUAUUUUGAGUCCAAUCGAGGAGACCUACAAGAAGUUCAGUGGCAUGGACGGCGCAGGAAACCUAACCUCUCCACUGGGAGCCUACCGACAGCCUCAGGUGUCUCAGACCGGCAUGCAACAACACUCCAUGGGCCAUAACGCCACCGUGGCCACUACUUACCACAUGCCGCACACCGUCUCACAGUUCUCCCACAGCGCAAUGGGGGGAUACUGCAAUGGAAGCAUUGGUAACAUGGGAGACCUCCCGUCGUACCAGGAAAGCAUGCGGAAUAGUGCAGCAGCUACAGGCUGGUACAGCGCCAACCCUGAUCCAAGAUACUCCACAAUUUCUAGAUUCAUGGGACCUUCCACAGGUAUGAACAUGAACAUGGGGAGUCUCACAGGAAUGGCGGACCCCACCAAAGCCAUGCCAACUCUCCACGCUGCGCCCAGGAGAAAACGGCGCGUCCUGUUCUCGCAGGCUCAGGUCUACGAGCUGGAGAGGAGAUUUAAGCAGCAGAAAUACCUGUCAGCGCCCGAGAGGGAGCACCUGGCCAGUAUGAUCCACCUAACGCCGACUCAAGUGAAAAUCUGGUUUCAGAACCACCGAUAUAAGAUGAAGCGCCAGGCCAAGGACAAGGCGGCGCAACAGCUGCAGCAGCAGCAACAGGACGGUAACCUGUGCCAACAGCAGGCGCAGUCCCCGCGGCGCGUAGCCGUGCCCGUUCUGGUGAAGGACGGCAAACCGUGUCAGAACGGCUCCAACACGCCAACACCGAACCAGCAACAGGUGCAACAAACCCAACAACAAAAUGGAGCCGGGGUCGUGCUUGCAUCCUCGACCAACAGCCUCACCCAGCAUCAAAGCCAGCAGCAGGUGAACGCUUUGGAGCUUGAGGAGAUGUCGCCUAGCCCCCCCUCACUGCACAGCCAACUCAGCAUGGCCCAGAUAGACACAUCUGCUGUAGAUUACACCAGUAACAUGGUCAGCUCAAACCUCCUCUACGGCAGAACGUGGUAGGACCCAAUAAUACAGUACUGACACUCUAUACUUUUCUACAUGAACCUGCGGAUGAGCCCAAUGAAGAACUC